AUGACUGAUACCAGUGCUACUGCUGCUGCUGCUGCUGCUGCGACUUCUGAGUUGCCCUCUUCGCCAGGUGAGGUUGUUGGUGGUGUGAGUGGGGUUCCAGCGGCUGUGGGGGGUGCCACGUCGAGUGUGGCGAAGGAUGGUUCUCUGGGUUCUGCGUCCCAGCUGUCGACAUAUGUUACGCAAAAAGUGUUGUUGUCGCUAAAAGAGGCGGCCAGGAUCAUUGGGCCGGGGGGGAACACGAUAAAUAAUAUUCGUACUGCGAAUGGUGUGAAAAUCGGGAUUUCUCCGAAGGAGAAGUCGUGUUCCGAUCGUUUGUUGGAGGUUACUGGGAGUAUUACUUCGGUGGCCAAUUCGUUGGCGGAUCUGGUUAAGGUUUUGACGGAUGAUGCUACCGAGGAGGAUUGUGGGGAGUCGGAGCAAGAGCAGCAUGUGUUCAAGCAUCUCAACUUUAUACUCCCCCCGCCCUCUCUCGAUGAGAUCGAAGAUCCGGAGAAGCUAAAGCAAAUCGGCAAUCUUAGAUUGAUUGUGACGAAUAGCCAAGUGUCGUCGAUCAUUGGUACUCAAGGUACGAAGAUCAAGAAGUUGAUUGAGACGCAUUCUGUGAAACUGGUGGUGUCCAAGACGUUUCUUCCCGACUCGCAAGAUAGGAUCUUAGAAAUCCAGGGGUUCCCAAACUCAAUUGCCAAUUGUAUCAAAGAUAUCAACAAAACGCUAAUCAAUGAUGAAGUUUUGGACACCAAGGAGAAAAGAUACUAUCCUCACUCGAAACACUCAAAAGAUAUCCAUGUCACGGCCACCGUUGGUAUACCAGCUGAAUUUGUAGGUGCGUUGCUAGGCCACGGCGGCAAUCGUAUUGCAAACUUAAGGAAGUACACGAGAACGAAGAUCACGGUGGCGCAAGACCCAAAUCAAAACAAUGAAAGGGAGUUUACAAUUACUGGCAACGACCAAAAGUCGGUCAAAUUAGCUCAAACAAUGAUAUUGAAAAACUUGGAAACUGAAAAAGAAAGGCGCUUAGAAAAGCAGUGA